GUAAAUUUCUAAUUUAUAUAUAUAUAUUGCACCCCUCACAAAACCAAGUGCUGAGCGCGCAGGAUGGUAAAGUUCCCAACCCCAUUGGAGCUAUCCCAGCGAUACAUUUACGAUCCUAUCCCUGGUACUUUUCACGUUAUAGAUUUUAUAAAUGAGCUAAAGGAUGGUCACUAUAUGAAGGAUCUUGUUUCGGAUUAUGUUGCAGGGGCUGUUUUUUUGGCUUACACAAAGGGUUGGAUAAGAGCAUGGGAAGCCACCUUGCUUCAAAUGCCCUUUGCUGCUGGGCCGGUAUGGAGAGCCAAAUUGCCUCCAAUUGGCUCCCCAUUCUUGGGCCCUGAUGGCUUGCCGAUGGUGCUGGGAAGGCGCGCACUUACUGGGCGACAACCGAUUGGGGCAGCUGCAGCAGUACCAAUAGGGCACUCAGCUUUUGGUGUUGCGAGCCCUUUUGAUCAACCCAAUGAACUAGCGUGGUUAAAUUUGCAACUUUGGGCGAAUCGAGCGAAUGGCAUAAUGGAAAGAACAUACAUCCGCCAAUUCAAUCGCGAUAGUUUAGUUCUGUGCAAUAAUUUUGUAAAUCAGCGACCAUAUCAACCUGGGCCUCAAAGUGUACCGCAGGAUCCGAACGAUCCAAUAUGGCCCGCUCCAGGGCCGCCACCACCCCCAGGGGGGUUGGCAGGUCCGGCGGGGCCACCGGGAGGUCAAAAAAAGAAGAAGAAACCCCCAGGCCAGCUGCAACAAUCUAAUAUCACUAGAGAUCGAUGGUUGCAAUUCGCUGAAGAUAUUUGGAAUAAUGAAGGCGAUACAGCUGAUGAAAAUUUGGAUCGUUUUAUUGUUAAAGUACUUCAAGGGAUUAGUACAAGCUUUGCAGUGAAUCAGGGUGGAGAUGGAGGUGGAGAUGGAGGAGGGGAUGGAGAUGGAGAUGGAGAUGAAGAUGAAGAUGGAGGUGGAGGAGGAGAUGGAGGAGGAGAUGAAGAUGAAGAUGGAGGUGGAGGAGGAGAUGGAGGAGGAGAUGAAGAUGAAGAUGGAGGUGGAGGUGGAGGUGGAGGUGGGGGUGAAGGUGAAGAUGGGGGUGGAAAUGGAGAUGGAGGAGGUGGAGGUGGUGGAGGAGGAGGAGAUGAAGGCGGGCAUGAAGAUGAGCCUGAAAGUGAUCCUGAAGAUGACCCUGAAAAUAAAAAAUUAAAACGGGGUAAAAAAAGAAAGCGCAAGCUCAAUGAUCAUGAAGAUCCCGAAUCGGAAGCUUAUAGAGCUCUUAGACAAAAAGCCGAAAGAUUAAGAAUAGAGGCGCUACGCGCUGAAGCAAUUGCAAUGACAACUGCAGUUGCAGCUGCCAAUCGGUGGCGGCGUAUUUAAUCACUCCGCAUCGCAGCGAAUGAAUUCUUUGAGCUCAUGAAGGAAAUUCACAAAUUCAAUAAACUUUAAAACA